AAGGAAGUUCAUGUUUUGAAAAUAUCCAGUGCUGUUAGAGAGCAACCUCACCCAAGCAGCCUGGCUGAAUCUGGAUAGCUGCUGCUGAACCGGGAAGUGCAGCUGUGCAUACACUCAGACUUUCCUUUGUAGCUGGCCAGUUACAGACGCAGUUGCCUGGAGUCAUGCCGCAGCUCUGCUCCACUGCUCUGGCAUCGCUGCUGUGCACCCUCACUGUGCUGCUCAAAAUGUCUCUGUCAGUGGACCAUGUGCCAAUGCUUCUUUGGUCAGCUCAGAGAUUACAGUGGAAUCCAGACCCUGCUUUGCAUGAAGGACGUAUUGUCUCAGCACAGGAGCUGACUGAAAUCUUGCAACCUGUUUUCACCCAGAAUUCCAGAAACCUCAUCUUGUUCCUGCAAGAUACGCUUAGCAUAGAUGAUUUCACGUACUUCAGUGAAUUCUACGGCGACAAGAACCCGUUUCAAAAUGUUCAGGAAAGUCUUCAGUCUUCUCCUUCAUCUUUAGUUUUGCCAUCUGUUGACUGUGAGGCUACCAGGUAUCUUCUGAGCUUUCUUCAGGAGUCAAGAGACUGGAAAUUAACAAAAAUAACUGAUCUCAAUGUCUCUCAUCUAGAAGUGAAUACAUCAAAACCAAAUCUAGUGGUGAUUCAGCUACAACCACGUGUCAGUGGUUUCAGUGAAAUUUCCACGCUGGAAGCAAUUACUGAAAAUGAUAAAAUAAUUGGAAGACUGACCAUGGAUCUGCAGGAACGAGGGAUGCAUUUUUCAGUGAUUUAUACUGCAGUGAGACCUUCAAGGAUUUCUAGAAGAACUGAUGAGGUGUGGAAAUUAAGACGACAGUUAAUGGCCACUGAGGAAGAAGACAGUUUAUCAUAUCCUCCUCUGAAUGUAACCACUGGAAAUGAUACAUGCAUCCUAUUUUAUGCAAGGAAUUUCAGCCUCAAAGCCAAUAAUUCAGUUUUUAUAGAUUUGACAAAUGUGACAUUUGUAUCCCAGAAUGUGAAUAUUUCUUCCUCUGAGUGCUCAGACACCAACACGACACUGUCAUUAAGAUACACAAAGCCUGUGAAUGGAAUCAGCAGCCUAGAGAUAAGGUUUUUAAUGUCCAACAAGUUCUACGAAGGCUCAGCUAGAAACUGGUCUACUUUAAAUUCUGUUGAAAUUGUACAGGAUGGAGAAAAGUUUUCUGAAUUUCAUGUUUCUGCCAUCUCUGCUCCUGCAGAGUAUUCAUUUCAUUGUCAGCUGGUGGGAACAAGCAAUCUCUAUCCUGCAAGGUUGAUUCCAUCUGACGAAUCUGAGGCAAAAUACUGGGAAGUUUUCAUUUCCAGUUUGCAAAUUCAAGGCUUUAAUGUUGAAAACGGCCAAUUUUCCUACGCAAGUGACUGUACAGGUUUCUUCACUCCUGGAAUCUGGAUGGGCUUGGUGACAUCUCUAGUUCUACUGUGGAUCCUGGCCUAUGGAAUCCAUAUGAUCAUGCAGCUCACCACAAACAGCAGAUUUGAUGAUCCCAAAGGUCCAGCUCUGUCAGUUCCUCAGACGGAAUAGCGAUGUUAAUGCUUAAUGUUUAAUGCGGCUAUGAAAUCUUCCUUAUCGGGUACUUAUGAUUAUUUCUACUUCAUAGUGUUGUAACUUAGAAAGAUAUAGCAGAAAGGUAUAAUUAAACUACAUUUUAAAAAGGAUCCUUAUGCUUGUCAGAGUAAUUCUACUUGGUUAUUACUGUCACUUAUUAACAGCUAUUUGUCUUCAGGAUCUGAGGUGAGGCUGUAGAGAUCUUACUCUAUCUGGCUAUUGGAAAUAGCAUUACAAACUGCCUUCAGAUUAUAUACUAUUGGCAAAGAAAUGAUAUCACAACAGAGAUAAAUAAGAAGC